CUCUACAAAAGGUUCAAUCUCCCGGGAGCUCCCCCGGAGUCCAUGGGGCGAGGACGAGACUGGAACGUGGACCUCAUUCCCAAAUUCCUUAUGGCUAAUGGUCAGUUGGUAAAGAUGCUGCUCUACACAGAAGUCACUCGUUACUUAGACUUCAAGGUGAUCGAGGGGAGCUUCGUCUACAAGGGAGGGAAGAUCUACAAAGUGCCCUCCACUGAGGCAGAGGCCUUGGCAUCCAGCUUGAUGGGCCUGUUUGAGAAGCGGCGGUUCAGGAAGUUCCUGGUGUACGUCGCCAACUUCGACGAGAAGGACCCGCGCACCUUCGAGGGGGUGGACCCCAAGAAGACCACCAUGAGGGAUGUCUACAAGAAGUUUGACCUGGGGCAGGACGUGAUUGACUUCACGGGGCACGCCCUGGCGCUGUACCGCACCGACGACUAUCUAGAUCAGCCCUGCCAGGAGACAAUCAACAGGAUCAAGCUGUACAGCGAGUCGCUGGCCCGGUACGGCAAGAGCCCGUACCUCUACCCGCUCUACGGCCUGGGGGAGCUGCCCCAGGGCUUUGCCAGGUUAAGUGCUAUCUAUGGAGGCACCUACAUGCUGAACAAGCCCAUUGAGGAGAUCGUGAUAGAGAAUGGCAAAGUGGUUGGUGUGAAGUCUGAAGGAGAGGUGGCUCGCUGCAAACAGCUGGUGUGUGACCCCAGCUACGUCACGGACCGUGUCACCAAGGUGGGCCAGGUGAUCCGGGUCAUCUGCAUCCUGAGCCACCCCAUCAAGAACACCAACGACGCCAACUCCUGCCAGAUCAUCAUCCCACAGAACCAGGUCAACCGCAAGUCAG